AUGGAUGACCUGGUGAGACUGAGGAACACGCUGUUUCAGAACUACACAAAAGAUUUCCGACCAGUUUACAACCUGAGUGACGUCACAUAUGUAUCACUUGAUAUGUUCCUAAUAUCUAUUUCAGACCUUGACGAGAAAAGUGGAACGAUCACAUUAAAUUGUGGAAUAUCAAUGUUCUGGACAGAUCACCAGUUGGUUUGGAAUUCAAGUGACUACAACGGCAUCACUUCCUUUGUUUUCAACUCAUCAAAUGUAUGGAGGCCACGAGUUUAUAUCACAACAUCUUCUGACGAUCUGACCGAUUUGUCUUUGGAUGCCUUCGACGUAAGAGUAUAUUCAAAUGGCGGAGUUACGUCUUCGCCUGGUCGACACGUAAGAGCUAGUUGCAGUUUCGACAUGACAAAAUUCCCGACAGAUUCGCAAACGUGCAUCAUGCAGCUCACGUCAUGGAUGUAUACAGCUCAUGAAAUGAUUUUUAUCAUAGCACGUUCAAACAUGAACCUAGGUUAUUACAGACCUAACGGAGAGUGGAAUCUCGAAUGGACAUCAGUGACAAACAACACAGAUUUCGGAAGCAUUUUUUCGGUAAUAGACUGUUCAAUUCAUGUGACCAGACGCUCUGGAUAUUUCAUGGUGUCCAUGACUACGCCCAUACUGCUUCUGUGUUUCCUCAACCCAUUUGUGUUCGUCCUGCCGGCCUCCUCGGGUGAAAGGAUUUCAUAUACAAUUACCGUCUUCUUGUCACUAGCAGUAUAUAUGACACUAAUAGGGGAAAACAUGCCGCAGGUUUCAGAACCAAUGGCGGGAGUUUCGUAUUUCUUACUUGUGGCUAUGUUAAAUAGCUGUGUGCUAAUCCUGUUGACAAUAUUUACGCUACGAUGUAAUUCUGUAACCGACAUAAGUAAAUUUCCUGGCUGGUUAUUGUGGCUUGCCUCCCGUCGUGGAUUUCGAAAAUCGGCAAAUCUUAGAAAUAGAGUGGAUACUUGUAAGGAAAUAAGCGAUGUCAAUGUGAAGGAGAAUGGUACAGCAACAAACAGAAUAAUCGCUCCCAGGGAUCAGGAUAUGGACAACAUUCCUAGCAAAAUGGAAGUGAUGUCAUUCAUCGACAAGUGUCUUUUUUGUCUAACACUUCUGAUGAUGGUCAUUACAUGUUUAGUGUUUGUAAUUUAUUACUGGUUGUAG